AUGGUGUGGCGCGGGAUGGUGGCCACGGCGCUCACAACCCGGGUUUUCCACAACCACCAACGUGGUGGUGAGCAACUUGAGCGCCAAAAACAGCCGCCGCACCUCGUGGAUGUUGAUGGACGCAAACUUGCAUCUCGCCGAGGUUGGCGCGCGGGAAAUACUGCUGGAGGCGUCUCGGGCUGCGCGAACACCGCCAACACCAGCGCGGAGAUGCCGCACGGAUCGCGCAAAGCGCCCGGGCGCGCUGCGGCGGUCGACGCGGUCGCAGGCGCGCACCUCCAUGCACCGGUCGAGCGCGCGGUCGUUGUACAAGAGGUUGUAGAAGGCGUCCAAGGGCACGGCGGCGCCCUCGGCGCGGAGGAGCGCGAGGAGGUAUGUGUUGAAGUUGAAGGCGUCGACGGCGCGGAUCUGCCAGAGGAGGCGCUGCAAGUCGGGAGAGACAGAAUCAGGGCCAGGGCCGGGAACUGA